CAGAAGAAGCUCAGACGAGGGGGAGACAGAAAGGGCGGAAGCAAAAGGAAAGAACAGAAGAAACCCACAAAGAAGAGGCAGGAAACGCCAGCAGGAUUGAGAGGAGGAAAAAAAAAAGAGAAGGGGAGAAGCGGAGAAGGUGAAUCUCCGAAAGCACGAAAAGAAUAUUUGAAGAAAAAAAAAUACUCAGAGAACAAGAUGGCAACAUUUAAAUUUAAAUCAGACAGAGAAAUAAAAGACUCAAGAGGUGCAAUUAGAAGACCAUCCCUGAAUGAGGAAAUGAACCUGAAGGAUAUGAUGAAAGACAUGAUGAGAGAGAUUCAGAAAAUUCAGGAGAAGCAAGACGUAUGCCAGAAAAUUCAACAGGAACAAAUGUCGGAUUUUAAAAAGGAGAUUAAAGAAGAAUUGGGGAUAAUGAAGAGCGAGAUUACAACAUUACAACAGGAAAUAAAGGAUCUGAAAAAUGAAAAGAAAGAACUAAAGAUAACUCAAGAAAAGACCCAAUAUAAACUAAAAGAACUAGAGAAAAAAAAUGAAAAAAUAAACGCAAAACAAGAAGCCAUGGAGGCAAGAGAAUUGGAACAUCAAUUAAGAAUGAGAAAUAUACCGGAAGAGCCAGGAGAAAACAUAAGAGAGAAAGUAAUAGAGAUACUAAUGAAACUUCUGGACUGCUCCGAACAGGAGAUACAAGUACAAAUGGACAGAACGUACAGGAUUAACACAAAUUUCUCAAGAAGAAACAAAACCCCGAGAGACGUGAUAGUACACCUUACAAAGAAAAUUGCAAGAGAUGAAAUAUUGAGAAUAAAUAACAAAAAACAGAUAUUCUACAAAGAGACAAAAAUAGCGAUAUUGAAGGAAGUACCAAAUACAAUAAUAAAUAGAAGGAAAAAAUAUACCUUCCUGACAGAGGAAUUGAAGCAACAGAAGGCGAGAUACAGGUGGGAAAGAGAAGAAGGAUUAAUGACAACGUAUAAAGGUCAAAGGUAUUGGAUCACAACAGAAGAAAGAGCCCGAGAAUUUUACAACACAAUAAGAAAGGAGAAGGAUGAAGAGUCUGAAAGGAAACAAAAAGAGAAGAAAAAACCAAAGAGACAACGUAUAGAGUCACCCGAAAAAGAUGAUUUGGACAUAAAAGAAUGCAGACUGAACCUAAGGGAAAACAUGGAAUCUACGAAUCUAGGAAAAGUGGAAGAAAGACAGGUGGAAGAGGAACAAGAGGAUAAAAUGAGAAAAGAAGAGGAGGAAGAGGAAGAGACAGAAGCAGUGGGUGAUAAGGACGAAGACAAAUAUGAGUGA